AUGAGUCCCUUCUUUGUGAUGUCUCUCCUCUUUGGCCUGAUUUUCGGACAAGCAGCAUCACUCUGUGCUCCUUCCGAGUACACAAUCCACGUGGAGAAGCGGGAAUGUGCCUAUUGCCUGGCCAUCAACACCACCAUCUGUGCUGGGUUCUGCAUGACUCGGGACAGCAAUGGCAAGAAGCUGCUGCUCAAGAGUGCUCUGUCCCAGAACGUGUGCACGUACAAGGAGAUGCUGUACAGGACAGCGCUGAUCCCAGGCUGCCCUCACCACACCAUCCCCUACUACUCCUACCCCGUGGCUCUGAGCUGCAAGUGUGGCAAGUGCAACACUGACUACAGUGACUGUGUCCGUGAGAGGGUCAGGACAAACUACUGCACCAAGCCACAGAAGCUCUGUAACCUGUAA